UCGAAGCACCGACUCUCCCUUCUCUUUCCGGGCGAGGGCAGGUACCGGAAGUGACGGGGUGUAAACGGUCGGCGUGCUCCAUGGUAACGGCACGAGCGUGUGUGUCGGGGGAGAAACGACGACAACAACAGCAACAUCAUCGGCGGCUCCGGUACCAGCAUUGGCCUCGGCCUGUCGGGCUCAGGGAGGCGGCGGCGAUGAUGAUGAUGUGCACUCUUUGACCAUGGCGAAGAUACCGACCCCGGGAGCUCCGGCUCCGAGUCACCAGCUGCAGCGGACCGUUGCCCGGUUAGUGGUUGCCUGCCUUCGGCUGGGGAAGUGAAGAGUGUCCCACCCUGCACUCCGUCCCGGAGCUGCCGGUCCGUUCGUGUCGGUCGGUCGGUCGUUCGUUGCGGGGCUCGAAGCGGAAGAUGGCGACCGGAGUCAGUUGGCAGCAACAUUACAGCGGCGGCGCCGCCAAAGCGGGCCCGGCGGGCGGCCAGGCCGGAGGAGCUGCCCAGUACAACCAGGAGCUGCACCUGAAGAUGAGCAAAAAGAUAGCGCAGCUGACCAAGUGCUUUUUAUUGUUUCUGCAGGUGAUCUAUGCCUUAAAUACUAAAAAUGAUGAACACGAGAUUGCUAUCCAGGCACUCAAAGAGGCACAUGAGGAGGAAAUCCAACAAAUCUUUGAUGAAACAAAAGAGAAGAUUCUCUACUAUAAGGAUAAAAUCGAUAGAGAAACAGAAUUACAGAAGAGAAUUCAGUCUUUGGAAGCAUCUCUGGAACAGCAUGAACAGAUGAAACAGCAAGCACUCGCAGAAUUUGAAGCCUAUAAACAGCAGGUAGAAGAAGCACGGCUUGCUACAGAGACUCAUCAAUUGCAGGGUGUUGCGAUUAUGUCUAGAAAUAUCCAAGAAAUUAAGGAAAACUUUGAUGAUAAAUUACAACACUUUAUCCAGUUAGAAACCCAGUUAGGAGAGAAUCAACAACAAACUGUGGAAGAUCUACAGGCAGCUCACAAGCUUGAGAUCCAGAACUUGUUAAGGACACAUCACAAUCAGCAUGAAAUUUCAAGUAAACAACAGGAGAAGACACAGCAGCUGCUCAAAGAUGAGCUAACUGCUGCGAAUACUAAAAUUCAAGAUCUUACACUUGAAAAGCAAAAGCUAGUGGAAGAAUUUGAAGCCAAAUUGAGCAAAGCUCAAGCCUUUUAUGAGCAUGAGAUUGAAGCUUUAAACUCUCGACACUCCUCAGAAAAUUUGCUUCAAUGGAAAAAGAGGGAAACUCAGCUAAAGAGGGAAUUUCAAAUCCAAGAGAUUGAUUUAAAAAAAGCAUUAGAUGAGCUGCAGGCAGAAUUGCAGCUCACUCAGGAGGAUGCCAAUGAAAUGAGGAACAAAUGUGAACAGUUUCAAGAAGCAUUAAACAAAGCAGAAAACAAUGUACAAAUGCUUCAGCAACAGCUGGAAGACAGUCAACAGAAAGCUGAUGGUACUCUUGCAAAACAAAAGCAGUUAGAAGAUGAACUGGUUGCUUGUAAACAUCACAUUCAACAGCAGUCCACAGAAUUGCUACUUAAAACAAGCCAGAUUGGAACCCUUCAAGCUACUCAAUUGACCUUCGAAGCUACAAUCCGGGAACUGGAAUCACAGCAUUGCAGAUUAAAGGAGAGGUUGUCUCAUGUUGAAGAAGAAAAGAGCAUCUUGCAAGACAACCACCAGACCUUGGACGAUCAACAGAGACAGCAGUUACUGACUGUUGAGAAGUCCUUAAAUGAAGAAAAAGAAACACAGAGGCGCUAUUAUGAAGAAGAGAUAGAAAAUCUGCAGUUUAAACUUGAAGAGGAAACUAGAUAUCUAAGAGAGACUUUAAGAACCAGUAUGGAAGAGUUGUCUCAAAUACAUCAGUCAACAUUAGAAUCUGCUCAAGACACACAUGAAAGAGAAAAGAAAAAGUUGCGCUUGGAAAUGGACCAAAAUCUUGAGAAGGAACGGCUGCGAAUGGAAGACGAGAAAAAUCAGUUAAAACAGCAAAUGGAAAACCUGCGGGAAGAGUUGACUGCCAAGUUAAAUACAGCCAAUCAAGAGGUGUACCGUUUGCAAGAGCUUGUGAAGAAAAGUGAACAAGGCCUAGGGUCAGCUGAAGGACAUAUUUCCAGCCUGAAGGAUGCGCAGGAAAGGCUACAAAAAGAUCUGGAUUCUACCAGGGUCAAACUCAGGGAGACAAGUGAUUCCCUUUCUACUGUGCAAGGAGAAUUGGAUCAACAAAGGCAGGAUUAUGAGGCAAGACUUACUGAAGCAAAAGAAGAGGAGAAGCUCAAAUUGAAAAAAUUAGAAAAAGAUUUGGAACAAAAAUGGAAAGCAACUAUAAGGGAGCAGCAAGCAAAACUGUGUGAGGAGUUAGAAAAACAACAUGAAGAAGAGAAACGGUCUGCUCUGGCCCAACUGUCCCAUCUGAAGGACCAGGAAAAUAGUGUGGAGAAAGAAGUUUGGCAGAAAAAGGUGGAAGAUCUUCUGAGUCAGCGGCACUUUCUAGGUGAAGCUUUAGAAAAAUCUAUCAGUAAUAUAUCUUUGCUAAAACAAAGCCUGGAAAUGCAGUUAUCCCAGUCCCAAGAUUCCUUGCAAAAUCUACAGUGCCAGUUCAACCGUGAGAGACAGCGACUCACACAGCAAAUGGAAGGGAUGGAAGAAGAGCACAAACGCAAACUGGCAUCCAUGGAAGAUGCACACAGGAUUGCUCUCAGAAACAUGGAGGAAUCCAAGGACCGUGAAUGCAAGCAAUUGGAAGAAUCUUUGAAUCAGCAACAUAUGAUAGACAUGCAAGCUCAAAAGGAUGCUGAGAGAAUGAAUUUGGAGGCUUUACAAAAGGAAGCGAAGCAACAACUACAGGAAUUGAGGGUAGAGCUGCAGGAUGAAGGGAAAUUACUGCUUGCCUCUUUACGUUCAGAUCUCAAUUAUCAGCAUUCUGUUGCAAUGGAUAAGCUGAGACAAAAUAACCAGCAGGAAAUGGCAGCUGUGAGGAUGGAAUUAGAUCAGACUGUUGAGCAGCACAGACAGCAGAAGAAAGAAUUACUGAGCAGAAUAUCUAACCUACAAGAGGAGGUACGGCAUUGUGAAGACCACAUAAAAGAACUGAAUGAGGAGAGCCUGUCUAUGCAUAACAAUUUAAGUACCUUGACGAAAGAGCUAGAAUACAAAGGAAAUGAAGUUCUGAAGAUACGAAGUGAAGUCAACCAGAAAAUUAGGACCUAUGAACAGGAAAUGGUUAAGAAACAGGAGAAGAUGAUAAAUGAAAUGACUGCAACCCACAUCCGGGAAACACAGUGCAUGCUAGCAGACUUCAACAAGGCACAGGAUCUCCUGAAGGAUAAAAUUUCUUCUCUGGAAAUCUUAUUGGAAGAGGCAGAAGAAAAAUACAGUAACAGAGAAUCAAGAGCAGAGGAUUUACAAUUAAUCACUGAAUUAAAGGAAAUGAUCACAGAAAGAGAUCAGCUUGCGAAAAAACUAAUGGUUCUUGUGGACUUUUAAAAAUUAAUUCAUAGGAGACGAGUGUUGCUGGCUAGACUGGCAUAUAUUGCCCCAUCCUUCACUGCCCUUGAGAACAUAGAAGCAGGAAUAAGCCAUAUACAGCCCCUCAAACCUGCCCCAAUAUUCAAUAAGAUCAUGACUGUUCUAUCUCAGGCAUGAACUCCUCUUUCUACCAGUUCAGCAUGGUCCUGAGCUCCCUGAUAUUUCAAAAGUCUUUGCACAUUCUCUAUCAAGGAUUUCCAUGAUUUUCACAAUUCUCUGGGAUAGAGAAUUCCAAACAUUCACUACCCUCUCAGAGAAGAAAUUCCUUCGCAACUCAAUUUUCAAUAAUUUCUUCCUAUUCUCUAACUGCGUCUGGAGUUUGACAUGCCCCCAAUAAAAGAAACGUCUUCUCAACAUCAACUCUGUCCAGCGCCAUCUGAAUGUUUUAUGUUUCAAAAUGAUCAUGGAUCGUUCUUCUAAACAGUUGGAUUGAGGGGAGUAUCUAGAAGGAUGGUAGAGAUGGACCGGGAACUAUUGAUUAAUGUGCCUCACCUCAGUGGUAGGGAACCUUAUGGAGAAAAUUUUAAAGGAGCAUGUUAAUCUCCACUUAGACAGGCAAGGUUUGACCAGGGGCUGUCAGUUUGGCUUUGUGAGAGGGAUAUCAUGUCUGAAAAAUCUGGUUGGAUUUUUUUUGAGGCGGUGACCAAGUAUGAGGAUGACAGUAAUACGGUUGAUGUUGUUUAUGUGGAUUUCAGUAAGCCUUUUGACAAGCUGCCACAUGGGGGGAUGAUGAAGAAGGUGAAAGCACAUGGGAUCCAGGGAACUUGGCCAGUUGGAUCCAAAAUUUGCUUAGUAGGAAGAGGCAGAGGGUGGAGGGAGGAGACUGUUUGUGUGACUGAUCAAUUCUGUGUCCCUCAUUAUUUAUGAUGCAUAUAAACAAUAUAGAUGAGAAUGAAUGAGUGAGAGGUAGUAAGUAGUUUGGCAGAUAAAAGAGAUUGACCAGGGAGUUGACAGGUAGAUGAAGGUUCUGGGUGACAGGAGGAGAGUGAGGAGGCUAUGUUGGACCUGUACAGGACUUUGUUUAAGACUCAACUUAAGUAUUGUGUGCAGUUCUGGUGACUGUGCUGUUGGUGGUGCAGAGGAGAUUCACCAGGAUGUUGCUUUGGAUGGAGAGUCUCAGCUACAAAGAGAAGCUGGAUAAUAUUGGGUUGUUUUCGUUGGAGCAGAAAAGUUGAAGGUCUUGAUAGAAGUGUAUAAAAUUGUGAGAGGCGUGAACAGGGUUGUUAAAGAGCAGCUGUUCAUCUUAAUUGAAGAGUCAAUAACCAGGGGGCAUAAGUUUAGACGGGACUUGAGGAGGAACAUUUUCAACCAGUGAGGUAAGGGUCUGGACUGCACUGCCUGGAAGAGUAGUUGAGGUGGGUAACCUCACAACCUUUAAAAACUACUUGGACGAGAACUUGAAGUGUAGUGACAUCCAAGGCUCAUGGGCCUAGUGCUGAAAAGUGGGACUAAUGUGGAUUUGGUGUAUUUUUGGCUGUGCAGACCGAAUGGGCUGAUAGGCCUCGUCUGUACUGUAUGAUUCAAAACUGUAGAAUUCUUUACCUUCGUCUGCCCUUUUAAGACCACCUUAUGGUCAAUGACUAAAUCGAUGACCUACUUCAUUACCCAAGUUUUUGCCCUAAUACCUUUUACUGAAGCUUGGUGUUAAUUUUUUUUUCUCACUAAGCUCAAGUGAAGUAUUUAAAAUGUUGUAUUGUGUUCAAGGAUAUCAGUGCAAGUUGUGAAAAGCCAUAGAUAUAGAAUGCAUGUUUUAAAUUUUGAUAUUUACUUUUAACAGGAUGACAAAAAAUUUUACCAGCUGGAACUGGUGAACAGAGAAACAAAUUUCAACAAGGUUUUUAAUGCUAGUCCUAACGUAGGAGUUAUCAAUCCUCUAGCUAAG